CCUAAAUAUACGACAAAACAACGUGCUGUUAAGGAGGAACGCUGUACUGUCGGCAGCUUCCACCGAAAUUAACUCGAAUAGACCGUUAUCUAUCUGGAGGUUGUAAAGAUUUAUAGAGCAAACAGUUACCCUACUGUGUGCGGUUUUAGACUUCCCACGUUCCCAUUGUGACCUUCGCUGACAUGGAUCAAAAUGCCUUGUAAACAUAUUGGAGCAUGCAGCUUUUAAAAAUUCGCAGGUUACUGUGUGUGUCUUUGCGGAGACACGAACUUGUCCGCCGCAGCAUGGCAUCGAACCGGGCAUCGGCAGCGGAGACGACCCGCUUCGACUUCCUGGUGAUCGGCGGCGGGUCUGGAGGUCUGGCCGGGGCUCGGAGAGCGGCGGAACUCGGAGCGAACACCGCCGUGAUCGAGAGCCACAAACUCGGAGGUACCUGCGUCAACGUUGGAUGUGUUCCUAAAAAGGUUAUGUGGAAUGCAGCAGUUCAUGCUGAGUAUCUGCACGAUCACAGCGAUUAUGGCUUUGCAACUGAAAAAGUUCAUUUCAGUUGGGAGACUCUUAAGGCCAAAAGGGACGCUUACGUUUCUCGCCUGAACCACAUUUAUCGCAACAACCUGGACAAAGCUAAAAUUGAAACUAUUCAAGGCUUCGCCAGGUUUACAGAUGACCCUGAGCCCACCGUGGAGGUCAAUGGUAGAAAACUGACGGCGCCUCAUAUCCUCAUAGCCACCGGGGGGCAGCCUUCUGUUCUGAGUGACGAAGAAGUUCCAGGUGCAAGUCUUGGCAUUACUAGUGAUGGCUUUUUUGAACUUGAAACCCUUCCAAAGCGCAGUGUGAUUGUAGGCGCUGGCUAUAUUGCUGUAGAAAUGGCCGGCAUCCUAGCCACCCUGGGGUCCAAAACAUCCCUUGUUAUUCGACAAACAGGGGUUUUGAGAAACUUUGAUGCAUUCAUAAGCGCAAAUUGUACCAAAGAACUCCAAAACAACGGCAUCGACCUGUGGAAGAACUCUCAGGUGAAAUCUGUGAGUAAGACCGACAAGGGUCUUGAGGUGACGAUUGUUACCAAAGACCCAGAGAAGAACGAUGAGAAGAUCAGCACCAUUGAGGAAGUGGAGUGCCUUUUGUGGGCCAUAGGAAGGCAGCCCAACACAUCUGGGCUGAACAUCGGCAGCAUGGGUCUGGACACUGAUGAAAGAGGCCACAUCAUCGCGGAUGAAUUCCAGAACACCUCUCGGCCAGGAAUCUAUGCUGUUGGGGAUGUUUGUGGCAAAGCUCUUCUCACACCUGUUGCCAUUGCUGCAGGCAGAAAGCUUGCCCAUAGAUUGUUUGAGGGCAAGAAGGACUCCAAGUUGGACUACUCCAGCAUCCCCACAGUGGUGUUCAGCCACCCACCCAUUGGUACCGUGGGCCUCACAGAAGAGGAGGCUGUUAAAUCCCAUGGAAAGGAGAAUGUAAAGAUCUAUAAGACAUCUUUCACGCCGAUGUAUCACGCCAUCACGAGCAGGAGGAGCCCAUGCAUCAUGAAGCUGGUGUGUGUGGGCAAGGAGGAGAAGGUGGUGGGCCUGCAUAUGCAGGGCCUUGGUUGUGAUGAAAUGCUUCAGGGAUUUGCUGUUGCCAUCAAAAUGGGUGCGACCAAAGCAGACUUUGACAACACUGUCGCCAUCCACCCCACCUCGUCCGAGGAGUUUGUCACAAUGCGUUGAUGCAGACAUCGUCCCCAACCCAUUUGUUUCUCUACAUGACCAAAAACUCCGGAUAAUCAGCCCAGAACCAGAAUAUUCUCUCAUCAGAGUGAUGACUUGUUUCACGAAAUGGAUUAUAAUCUUAUAUUUUUUGCAUUUAAGUGACCUUAAUUGUAAACAGUGUUCAUAUUUUUCACAGAUUAUAUGGUUUACCUAAACAACCUUAAAUUCAGUUUUGACUCUAUUGAAUUAUGUGGUGGGUCUUGACUACUGAUUAAAUACUCUGAAUACAGUACAAUGACGGUGAAAGCAAUGAAUGUGCAAAGAUUGUUGUCAAGAAACCGCCUGAAUAACCAAACAAUAACACCUCCUUGUGUUUGACUUAUUGGUCAUUUAUGUCAUUUAUAUUAAAGCCACAGCUGCCCUUUGGAGCACAAUUUUAAUGCAAAGUCAGGAUCUGUAUCCUUUGUAGUAUUCUACAGAUGCAAUAAACCUGCAUAUUUCUUUCUUAA